AUGGGGCGACCUCAAGGCCAGGCUACUUGGAAGUCGGGGCUGUACUACUCAGUUCAGAGCAGUCUGAGUAUUAAACUGGACGAUGUUGAGUGCGCUUCAUCAGACUGGGACCAGUGCACCUUCAAGAAUAAAGAACACAACUGUGGACACAGCAGACAGAGACACUACUCUCUAACAGACGCUAGUGGGUGUCUGAGACAGAUCUCAAUGACUGAGACACUGAAUGAGACAGAUGUGUCGCGACUUAUACCUGUCGUGAGACACAACCUCAACAACAAACACAUCUUAACUGUGAAGCAGUUCGAUAGGAACACUCUGCACCAGAUCUUCACAGUGGCUCACCAGUUUAAGAGGAAAUUACAAACAGAGAUACACACACUAGCUACAGGGUGUGUUCUGGGGACUAUGUUCUUUGAGCCUAGUACUCGCACCCAUCUCUCCUUUACUAGCGCCAUGCAGCGCUUAGGUGGUACAGUGAUAACUCUUAGUCCAAGUGAGAGUAGUUUGCUGAAAGGAGAAAGUGUAGAGGACACAGUUAGAAAUAUUCAAGGUUAUUGUGAUAUAAUGGUAAUGAGACAUCCUCCCCCUGGACAAGUCACUACUGCUGCUAGGCACCUACAUAAACCCUGA